CGCGCGCAGAGUGCGGCAGAUACACACGCGCUUCUGCUGCAGGUGAGAGGCGCGCGCUGGACAGAAGGACCGUCCUCGCGCUGGAAUUUUAAUAUCACAUUCCUAGCAUCUCUGCCAGGAUUAUAACUCCGUUGUUGUUCAGUUUUGCAUUUUGCCUUAACGCUGAACAACACAGUGGCACUGCAGAGAAUUUUUUUUUUUUUUUCGUUCUCCGGUGCAAGUGAGAACUAUUAGACGCUGAGUGGACUGGAGAAAUCUUGUGCGCGCGGCACGGCACACGGAGAGGGAAGAUCAUUUGCGGUUCAUAUCCGUAGCAUAAGAAGUUCUGAUAUUUCAGUUUCUAUUCCAUAUAAUGGGAUAUCAUCCAGAGCGGAGAGCUCGUAUCUGGGAAGACUGGAUUUAAAACCUUAUUAAUUGAUUGCGCAACGGAUUGAAUAUCUGGCUUCGCUUCCUUUAAUGAAAAGACCCGGCGAUGUCAAGUCAUGGCAAACAAGGAGUAGUCUCAGCAAGUAAUUUAUGGCAUGUUUAUUUCAAGCUUAAUGUUGAAUGAAUUUGUAAAGACUUUUUGUCAGUGCUGUGUAUAUUUUUGAGGGAGAGCAAGAUUCUAGUCUGAGAGAGAGGGAAAGACAACAGAUAUGCGCUAUUCUGUCUGGUAACCACAGAGGGGUAUCCGGUUGUGAAAACACAUGCUGUGAGAAAACAGGCGCUUUAACACGAGCGAGAAGAAGGUGGAAAAGCUGUUAAACAAAAUUAACGUACAGUUUUGCUGGGAAACCCGCGACGAGCAAUGAGGACUACAGGCAUUGUGGACUAUUUAAGCUACUGCUUUCUUAUUCUGCAGCUGCUGAGUCAGCCCGCAGCCAAGCAAGUGCUCCGGUACCGCCUGGCUGAGGAGGGUCCUGCCGAUGUCCGUGUGGGCAAUGUAGCCGCGGACCUUGGCAUCACGGCUGGCAUGGAUGUGACUUUUACCUUAGAAUCCGGCUCCGAGUACUUCAAAAUCGAUAACAUGACCGGAGAUCUGAGCACGAACGAGCGGCGGAUAGACCGCGAAAAGCUGCCGCAGUGUCAAAUGAUUUUUGAUGAGAACGAAUGUUUUAUAGAUUUCGAAGUGUCCGUGAUAGGACCCGCGCAGAGCUGGGUUGAUCUCUUCGAGGGGAAAGUGAUUAUUUUAGACAUAAACGACAACACGCCGUCUUUCCCCUCACCUGUUCUUACGCUCUCCGUUGAGGAGAACAGACCCAUUGGCACACUUUAUCUCUUGCCCACGGCCACCGACAGAGAUUUCGGUCGGAAUGGAAUUGAGCGAUACGAGUUAAUUCAGGACAACGGCGAGAGCUCUGUCAGAAGGAUCGGCACUUCCGGCACCGGCAGUGUUGACACUCACAUGGGCAAGCGGAGGUUUGACGAGGGGGCGAGCCGUAGCAGCGUCUUUGAACUUCAAGUUGCUGACACAACAGACGGCGAGAAGCAGCCGCAGCUAAUUAUCAAAGGAGCGCUGGACAGAGAGCAGCGCGACUCUUAUGAGCUGACUCUGCGAGUUAGAGAUGGGGGCGACCCCCCACGCUCCUCUCAAGCCAUCCUUAGGGUAAUGAUCACUGAUGUAAAUGAUAACACCCCACGCUUUGAAAAGAGCGUCUAUGAGGCAGACCUGCCAGAAAACAGCUCCCCAGGUGCCCCCAUACUCCAGCUGAAAGCGGGCGACACCGAUGUUGGUGUGAAUGGACAGAUUGAAUAUGUUUUUGGAGCAGCCACAGAGUCAGUGCGACGACUGCUGCGUCUCGACGAGAGCACUGGCUGGCUCAGUGUUUUGCACAGAAUUGACCGUGAAGAUGUGAGCCAGCUUCGCUUCACAGUCAUGGCACGUGAUCGUGGCCAGCCCCCUAAGACUGACAAGGCGACAGUGAUCAUCAACAUCAAAGAUGAAAAUGACAACGUCCCCAAUAUCGACAUCCGGAAAAUCGGACGCAUUUUUCUCAAAGACGGUGUUGCUAAUGUGGCAGAGGAUGUGAUUGUCGAUACACCCAUCGCUCUGGUCCAAGUGUCAGACCGAGAUAAAGGGCCGAACGGUAUAGUGACAUGCACCGUAGUGGGAGAUGUUCCGUUUCAGCUCAAACCUGCUAGUGAGGUUGAGGGCGAAAUGAAUAAAAAGAAGUACUUUCUCCAUACAUCAGCACCACUUGAUUAUGAAGCAGUGCAGGAGUAUAAUGUGGUCAUUGUUGCUGUUGACUCUGGGAGCCCUAGCCUCUCUAGCAACAAUUCACUGAUAGUCAAAGUGGGGGAUAUGAAUGACAAUCCACCAGUUUUUACCAAAAGCACAGUGGAAGUUUCAUUUCCUGAAAACAAUGCUCCCGGUGAGCGUGUCGUCACAGUAGUGGCCUUAGAUGCAGACAGUGGCAAAAAUGAAGAAAUCUCCUACUCCCUGGACUCCUCUGUGAACGGAAUAUUUUCCAUCGAUGCAGACACAGGUGACAUCCGUGUCAACACCAUACUUGACAGGGAACAGACGGAACGAUAUGAGUUCAAAGUUAUCGCCAAAGACAAAGGCAUGCCUGUUUUGCAGGGCUCAGCCACUGUGGUAGUCCUGGUGGCAGAUAAAAAUGACAACGAGCCAAAGUUCAUGCAGGAUGUGUUCACUUUCUAUAUACAGGAAAACCUGCAACCCAACAGCCCUGUUGGCAUGAUAACGGUCAUGGAUGCCGACAAAGGACCAAAUGCAGACAUGAGUCUAUACAUUGAGCAACAGGAAGAUAUUUUCUCCAUUGACAACAACACAGGUACCAUAUUCUCAAACAUGGCUUUUGACCGUGAGCAAAAAAACACAUAUUCAUUCCGUGUCAAAGCUGUUGAUGGAGGCGAUCCGCCCCGGUCAGCUACAGCCACGGUGUCCCUCUCUGUAAUGGAUGUAAAUGACAAUCCCCCCACUGUCACUUUUCCAAUGAAUAGCUCAUACACGCUGCUUCCUCCUUCUAGCAACAUAAGGACGGUGGUCAGGACUGUCUCAGCUGCUGAUACCGACACAGGUAUUAAUGCUAACCUCAGCUACAGAAUAGUGGGUGGCAAUCCGUUUAAGUUGUUUGAAAUUGAUGCUUGGACUGGAGUUAUCUUGUUAGUUGGCAAACUAGAGCAAAAACAUUUUGGCCUUCAUCGACUAGUUGUGCAAGUGAAUGACAGUGGGGUUCCAUCACAAAGCACCACCACGUUGGUCCACAUCUACGUCAACGAAACGCUUUCCAACUCCACUAUUGUAGAGGCACAAGUUGCCAAAAGUCUUGGUACGCCACUCAAUGCUGACAUUGCAGGAGACCCCAACUAUGACUUGGGAAAGCAACGACUGAGCAUCGCCAUAGGAGUUGUGUCAGGCAUCAUGACAGUGAUUCUUAUCAUCCUGGUGGUCGUCAUGGCCCGCUACUGCCGUCCCAAGAACAAGAACGGCUAUGAGGCUGGAAAGAAAGAUCAUGAAGACUUCUUCACUCCUCAGCAACAUGAUAAAGGCAAGAAACCCAAGAAAGACAAGAAUAAGAAAAAGUCUAAACAGCUUUUAUAUAGCAGCAUCGUCACCGUUGAGGCAUCCAAGCCAAAUGGGCAGCGCUACGAUGGCGUUAACGAGAAACUGUCGGACAGUCCGGGAAUGGGCCGCUAUCGCUCCGUCAAUGGUGGCCCCGGAAGCCCAGAUCUUGCCCGCCAUUACAAAUCCAGCUCACCCCUGCCAACCGUUCAGCUGCACCCUCAGUCUCCAACGGCUGGAAAAAAGCACCAGGCUGUUCAGGACCUGCCGCCGGCCAACACAUUCGUCGGCACUGGAGAUAACAUAUCCAUCGGAUCAGACCACUGUUCUGAGUACAGUAGCCAAACCAUUAACAAGUACAACAAACAGCCGUUCCGCCGAGUGACCUUCUCGGUGGUGAGCCAGCCACAGGACCCGCACCAGGGCUCACUGCAGAGCUGCUACGACAGUGGACUGGAGGAGUCGGAGACGCCCAGCAGCAAGAGCUCGUCCGGCCCCAGACUAGGUGCCCUACCUCUACCCGAAGACGCCUAUGAGAGGACUACGCCCGAUGGCAGUGUCGGUGAGGCAGAGCAUAUGGAAAAUGACUCUCGGCCCCUGCCUGACGUAGCUAUGACGGGUAAAUGCACACGGGAGUGUGACGAAUAUGGCCACUCGGAUGCCUGCUGGAUGCCUGUGCGCACCUCGCCUGAACGUAGGCCCAAGGCCACCCCUCCCAAACUCUCCACCUUCAUGACCUCCCCCGGGGGCAGUGUUGCCGAACAGCCUGGCAGCCAGGAGACCCUAGCUGUUGCCAACGGGGACCCCUCACACCUGCUGGGCGACCGUAACCGUAAUCUCCUUAACAAGAAGAUGGCCUCCUCCUCCUCAUCCUACGACACCUUUAGUUCAGCUGGAUUUUCUGCCAGCGAGGAAACCUCUCGCCCCACCGAGGAGAUUCCGCUAGCGCCCACGGGUGAAUACAAGCCAACGCAAUGCGGAACUCUCACCAGGCGGGAAGUUUACCUGUAAUUGACACACAACGACUGCAAAGGGACAAUGACAGUGACUCAGCAUGGUCAGAGAUGCUGUUAGCAAACCAAACCCUAAAACAAAAGCAACAUGGAUUUUCCUCAAACUGCUCGCACAACUAGUGUGUUGCUACUUUCAAACUAAAAUAGCCGUCUGAGUAAAAACUGUGGAAUUACAUGUUGUAAAUGUGUGUGAGAAGGAUGAAGCGGAGGAGGGGGAAGUGGCCGAGGUGGAGAGAAGGGAAUGUUGGUGGAUCAGUGCUACUUUGCUGCUAGCGUAUUGGGCUCGUAGACUUCCCCAAAGUGCUGCCUGGUUUCUGUAGACCUCUUUCUAAACAUGCAUGCAUCAUCUAGCCCCUUAAGAGUGUGUGCCCCUUGAAAUGGACCUGGACUAUGCCUUUUUGUCUUUGUUUUUAUAACUGAUCGUGAUCCAAUGAGACUGGUUCUCUCUUUUAAUCCGUUUU